UUCUUUUAAUUUUGACAGGAACAUGUCAACAAGUUCUAACCUAAACGAUGAUUUUAAAAAAGUUACUUAUAAAAGAAAAUGUACAGGACCAUUGAACAAAAAAACAACUAAUAACGCCAAAUUCAAAGCUUCUCAAACGACAAUUUUUAACAAAGAAGCCACAAUAAGACGGAUCGACGACGCAAAAAGCGAAUUAAUAACGACUGAUUUUUUCGAUUCGGUUUUGGCAUCUUUGAGAGAAGGACUAACAAUUUUAUCAACUAAUAAAAUAUCUGAAAUUAUUUGUUUGGGGUUAGGGAGGAUUGGUGAGUGUCUUAUAUCAAGGUAUCAGUUUGCUCUUGUGCUUUUAUUAAGAGACAAUUUGCAGGCUGAAUUGUCUUUUUUUGAUCCUGUAUUUACAAAUAGUGAAAUUAGCUUGUUAAAACAUUAUGCUUCUAAUGUUUUAACACAGAAUUUAGAGGGUAAAUAUCGAGCAAACAAUAAGCAUAUACUUUUUUAUUUGCCUCAUUGUCCAAAACAACUUUCAAAUAACUUGUUAUGGUGUAAUUGGGGAUUAGACUUAAAUUAUUGCAUAAUUUUAUCAAAUAGUUUCAAUCAAAUAAUUGACAACACUUCAAAACGAGAGCUAGAAAAAUCUGGGCAAUAUAUUUCUAAUAUAACUCCAUAUACAGUUGAGUUAGCUAUAGUUAACAAUUUUAAAUAUUUUGAAAUAUUUAACGAUUUAGCAAUUCACAUAUUUCCUAUAAAUAAACUUAACUUAAUAACAAAAGAUUUUUGGAAUGUUUCUUUAGAACCAAAAUACACAGAUGAGGACGUAGAAUUUAUUAGGGAAAAAUUAACGGAUAUUACUUUAAGUUGAUUUUAUAAUUGAUAAACAGUUGUUGCUUCAGAUCAAAAAUGGCUUCAAAAAUUAGCACUUUAAGAUCUAUUAUAUCUGAAUUGCGAUAUGCUCUACCUGAAGGGCAUUUAAAAAAUAAUUUGGCAUUAGAGUACAUCCUGAAUCAAUUUAAAAAGUACAAAACCACCAAUCAACAGCUUUGCAAAGCUAGAGAAGAAAUGGAGUUCAUGGCUAAUUCCUACUUAUGUUACCUGAAAAGUUCCCGAUUGUCAGAAGAAAUUCAUUCAGAAUUCCAUGGAAAAGGAGAAAGAACAAUACAGGAGACCGCCAAUAUGGUUGGGUUUAAGCUUCCACAUGAUCCAAAAUAAUAAAUCCUAAUUUUGUUUUAGUCUCUGUAAAUAUAUUAACAGUGUAGUUUCUUCAAAUAUAUUCUCUAUAAAAUAAAA